CAAUAAAAACAGCAAACAAAAUUGAAGAAUGCUUCUUUCACAUACAACUCUACAAUUCAUUCAAUUAAUUUUGCAACUGGUACAAUUCUAGUCACUGUCGAACUAGUUUGACUUCUACCACCUUUACCAGUUCAUGAACCAGAAUGUUUGCCAGGUAGUUUAGCUUUGCACUGCAGACUAUGUGGGGCAUAUACGAGCAUGUGUAUGCUUUAGUAAAUGUAACCGGUCUCAGGUGUGCAGAAAGACUUAAACUCUUAUUUGUUCUACAUUUAUAGUUGACUGUGAAACUAGGAAAAUAUUAAAAAAAGAAAAAAAUUAUAGAAAUAAAAAUAUUAAAAUUUCUCUAUCAAGAGUCAGUUAGGUGUUAAUAUUCAUUUUGGGCAAAAAAAAGUUGGAUAUCAUUUCACGGUAGCGCUCACCAUUCACAGUUACGUUACGAUUCGCAGCUUUUUUGAAUAAGUAUGGUCCAAUGAUACCUCCAACCCAUAAACCGCACCAAACUGUGACCUUUUCUGGAUACAUUGGUAGCUCUUGCAAUUCUUCUGGCUGAUCUUCACUCCGAAAUUGACAAUUCGUCUUAUUUACGUACCCAUUGAUCCAAAAACGAGCUUCGUCGCUGAAUACAAUUUUUCGAUAAAAAAGUGAUCUGCGGCCAACUUUCCAAGAGCGCAUUCACCAAAAAUUUUGCGUUGUGGUAGGUCGUUCGUCUUCAAUUCUUGCACCAGCUGUAUUUUGAAAGGCUUCACACCUAAAUCCUUUCGCAAAUUUUCCACGUUGUUGAGUAACAGAGGCCCAAUUGCUGCGAACGGCGACGAAUCGAUAUUUGAUGGUCAUCACUAACACUGGCCGAUACAGCUGCGAUAUUUUCUUCAGUUCGCACUCUGCGUAAGCGUGUUGGUGGUUUGAUGUCCAGUAAUGUAAAUUUGGUUCUAAAUUUAGUCACAAUAGCUCGAAUAGCCGCUUCAUAAACUUUCUUCGAUAAACUUUCUGUUCUGUUAAACACGCGUUUUUAUAAUAAAGUCCAAUGGUUUGCAAGCGUUGUUCGUUUGUAAGACGAUUUAUGGUUAAAUUAUAGACCAAACUGAAGAUGUUUGACAGUGAAACAAAAGUGAAAAGUUGGGUUGCAGUGAAUUUUCUAAAUUGGGUUAAACAAUGUGAUGAUUUGAUUAGCUGAUUCAUAAAGAUUCAUUGGACAAAUUUUUAGUUCCAUUGGGCUAAUUAGUUACGAGAUGUUGCAUUUUUCCACUUUUCGUUUAUUUAGAGCCACUGUACGACAUUCUGCUAAAAACAAAAAUUAUCCAAGGCCAUAUCAUAAGAAUUCGCUAAUUAUGGGCCCGUAAUAAAAUUGCGCUUCCAACAGAAUUUUCUAAAGAAAGAAGACCUACGAUGUCUCUUCUUUGAAACCGGCAUAAAACUAUGAAUCUCUGUGGGUGCAUUAGUUUUUUUUGCAGCAAUUUAGUUUAUUAGCAUAGCUGUAGAGAUGAAAAUGAACCGCAUUCGAAAAUAACGAACGCCCAGUAUGGCAUAUACGUAGGAAGUAAGUUCCAAUGUGUGGGAAUGUUCGUCAAAUGACGUGAGAGUUUUUGCUACUUUUUACGCAAGAAACAGUACCAGAAAAAUAUAAGCAUGAAGUUUAAAAGAAAAACAGACGUUGGCGUACCCUUUGCACCCCAGCCACAUACACACUCCUUUUCAUAGCUAUGUGUGAUUUUGGCGACGCUAAAUAAUGAACUGUUUGAUGGUUGCAUGAGGUUGCGAAAUUUUGAAUGGAAUUACAUUGUAUAUAUGCAGAAAAUUAAAUUAGAUGAUAAAGUAUUGUAUGUCGGUGCGAUAAGCGAAAGAACAGAUAAACAUUAAUUGAACUGUGAAGGUGAAGUGAGUGAAAUGGUUAGAGAAAAAAAAAUAAUAAUUUACCUUUCACUGAACAAACAAUAGAGUAUUACCUUACUCUUGAAUGUAUUGUGUUUGCGUGUAUAUGUGUGUGUGCGAAAAGUAAUAUUAACAUACAAUAGCAAAACGAAGACUUGUGUUCGCUUUGUGUGAGACGUAAUUUUAAUAUUUUUCCUUAAAAUAAUAUCAAAGGUACAAAAGUCACAACAAAAAGCAAAAAAAUUAAAUGUAUUAAAAAUCUUUAUUUAGAAAAAGGUUAGUAAAAGAGAUAAGUGUAAAUGAAAUUAAAAUAUUUUACAUACAUACAAUCGCAACCUACGCAAAUCCAAUUAAUUUCGCGAUAAGAAGAAGAAAGAAAGAAAAUUAUGCUGAAUGAUGGUAAUGAAAUGAGAUAUUUUCGAAACGUGACUUUUUUCCACGUUUGUGCUUGUAAUCUAAACAAAUUUCAAAAUAUACUUACACGCUUAUGUAUAUAUUUUAUUGCGUGUACCCCACUUGAUUUUCUAUGGAUAAGUGCGUGGGCAACUGUGAACGACCACCAACGACCCACCGUCACCAGUUAAGGAAUACUCACCAAAAAGUUCAAAGCAAACGAAAAAUCUAAGAGGUAAACGUAAGAAAACAACGAAAUCCGUCCUACAUAACUGAAAUUGAAAAUAAUCCUAAUGAAAAAGCAUACAUAUAAACUUUGAAUUGAAAGAGAAUACUCAUCUACAUGCCCACAUCCAUGUGCUUGCAUACACCCACACACACACAUAUGUUUAUGGAAUGAAAAUUCAGUAUACGCCACGGAGUUCGCAGAUAUAACAAACAAGUCGCAAGCGCAUAAGCAAGACAGAAAAAGAGAGAAGAGAGAGAGAGAGACAGAGUGAGAGUGAAAAAGGAAAAUGAAAAAGCGUCCUCAACAAAGAUGAUAACCAAAAAGUGUAAUGUAAAAAAGUGCGUGCGAAAUCAUUUGGGAUAAGGAUGAUAGCGUAAGCGGUCGUUGGCGUCUGGAUCGAAUUCUGGCAGUAUAUGGAAUAAACGAAGCAAAGUAUAAGGAAAAGAGAAAGAAAAGAAGUCCGAUACUCACAUUGCGCGCGAAAUUUUCGAUAUACGACAGUUCCCAUAUAUACACACAUUUGAUUGCUUGCGCUUUGCAACUCAUCAGACUAUUUGCCCUAAACGAGCAAUAACAGCGACAACGCAGAGUCUUAGACAAUUAUUUUGAAUUGGAUUGUGAUUUUUUGUUUGGCAAAAGGGGAAUCUUCAAUCGGAGAAACUAUUUUUGAUGUGUGAUAGCGCAACCACUGGAUGCUUUCUGACUAGGAGCAGCCACCGAAAAGAAAAUGGAAGAUCAGUUCCUGAUGUUACCGCCAGCCCUGGUCGUGCGCCUCCGGGCCCCUUGCCGGCGAAUCAGAUGCAAUCGUUGGCCAAUCAGCAGCAACAACAGCCACAACACCAUCAACAACAACAUCAACAGCAGCAACAACAACAACGACCUGGAGGCAAGGAACCGGUGUUGCUGCAGGGUGAUUUUCGUAAGGUGUCGGGCAUCAGUUCGGAGAUCUUUCGGCAGAUAGAAGCAGUCGAAAAUGAUCACGAUCCGAACACGGCAGCCGCUUUGGAGGCGGUUGAGAGGAGGGGUGAAAUGAUUGUUCGUAUUCUGGAACCACGAUGUAUCGGUGGCAAACAAGCCGUGGAGGCAGCUCAUAAAUUGAUGUCUAAGGGAGAUGCCCGACACACAGUACAGCUUGUUGAGAUAGUUAAGCGUCCAGGACAAACUUUGGGCUUAUACAUACGCGAGGGCAAUGGAGCUGAUCGUACCGAUGGUGUUUUCAUUUCUAGAAUAGCUUUGGAGUCUGCGGUCUAUAAUAGCGGUUGCCUAAGGGUGGGUGAUGAGAUCUUGGCCGUUAAUUUGGUUGACGUAACUCACAUGUCAUUGGAUGAUGUCGUAAUUAUUAUGUCAAUUCCCCGGCGUUUGGUGUUGGCAAUACGCCAAAGACGCGACAGUCGCAGUACUGGAUCUCCGGGACCGCCAACGUUAUCGCGACCCGAACAAAAGCCACCGCCAGUAGUCGUUAUCAAACGUGAUCUCAGAGAUGAAGACUUAGAUGAGACAGAUCGCAUGCCAAGAUCCCGAUCAUCACGCGAAAGACGUACAGGAGAUGGCAGAGAAAUGACAGAGUCCCGCUCGCGCCUCGGCUUGGGGCUCAAUAACUACAGCCCACAGUCUGAGCAAUUGGACAUGUAUUACAAUACACGUGCUGGCGUGAGUGCGAUGAACGAACCUCCAAGUUGGGGUUAUAAGCCACCGCCACCACCAUCGGUCAUUACGGAACAGCCUAAGGGGCAUGCUUUUGCUCCUUCGCAUGCGUAUUAUCAAAAUGCUGGUACACUGGAGAGUUUGGCCGAGAAGGUACACGCCUUCUAUCCGAGUGGACCAUCUAGGCGUAUGUCGACUGGCACCGGUGUUAGUUUAGCGCAGCAGCAAGCGCGCUUUCCACGCUCUGGAUCAGAUCAACAUUUACCACGUGUGGAAUAUACAGAUUAUUCGAACUCCUUGGGUCGACAUUCCUUAUUGCGUUCUAGUUUGAAACCGGGUACCGGUGCGGCACCUAUAGCAGUUGGAGGAACUCUGGGACGCUACGGGCGCUAUGAACCACCGCGUCAAUCCUCAAAAUAUGCACCACCAAAUAUAGGCGCACAAUCGCUUACUCGCCGCUCGCGACCGAAUCUGGACUAUUCCAGUGACACGGAAGCAACUAUAGGACCCAGACCAAGUUACUACUACUAUAAUAGACCUGCUGUGGGUAGCAUGCCGCGCGGUACUAGCACAGCAGGUGUGGGUGGAGCCGGGUUACUUGGAGUUGGGCCAGAUAUGGCGAAAUUCAAUUCACUGCCACGUGAACGUCCGGGCGUGCGUCUACAGGGUAUACGUACACGCAUCGGCGAUCGCAUUAUGGAUGAGAGUGACGGUAAUAUAUCGGCACCGGAAUUCAAUGCUCGUCGCGACCGUGAUCUGAGAUCACGAAUUACGGCGAGCCCUUCAAUCUUCACUUCGGACGAGUACCGAGCGUGGUUGAGGCGAGCACCCAGUAGUUCAGCUAUAGCGGAGCAAAUGCGUAUGACGCGAGACCUGCUAAGCCAGCCUCGAUCACACCGAUUUUCAUGCAGCGCCGAGAAUAUACACGAUGCACUGAAAAAUACUGAAAGCAUUUACUCCAGUCGAACGGGCAUACUCGGAACUGGUACAUUGGAUCGACACCUCGGCAUGCCACGCCCCAUUUCAGCAUUACCAGUCCGUUCGAUGUCAUCGCAGCACAUUGGCGGCCCAUCUUCGAUACGUUCGCCAAGUAUACGGCGCAUGCGGCAGCUGCUCGAACUUUCCGCAGGACCGGCUAGUCCAAGCGGUAGCAUCAUGAGCACUGGUGGCCAUCAAAGUCCGGCGCCGACGCCCAGUGCCACACUACCCAGAACGCACAGACAAAUUGAUAUUAAUCCAGCGGAGUUUGCCAAGUACAAACUCGACAAACCGAUAGUCGAUAUUGGUGGUAUAUCGGGCAUGUUGUGGAUCCAUUUGCUUGCGGGCCGUGGUUUACGUUCGGCACCCGAACUAGGCGCACAGCACGUCGGGGGCCCACAUCAUGCAGCGCAAUCUCAGACACGUGAUUUAUAUUGUGUGAUCGAAUGCGAUCGUGUGCAUAAAGCACGCACAGUGGUGCGAUCCGGUGAUCUCCAAUUCGACUGGGACGAGUCUUUCGAGUUGGACUUGGUGGGCAAUAAGCAGCUGGAUGUAUUAGUUUACUCGUGGGAUCCACAACAUCGUCACAAGCUAUGCUAUCGCGGUGCCAUCUCACUUUCCAUUCUGCGACAAUCACCGCUCCAUCAGUUAGCGUUGAAGGUGGAACCACGUGGCACUAUUUACAUACGAAUGCGUCAUACAGAUCCCAUUACCUUGUAUCGAAGGCGCGGUUUACCUAGUCUAAGGGCUGGAUAUCCCAUAUUGUUCGGCGCUGAUUUAGAGACAGUGGUGAAUCGUGAAUCUAAGGGUGCUCCUGGAAGUGCACCUGUGCCAAUUGUUUUGCGCCGUUGUGUAGAGGAGGUAGAGCGACGUGGGCUGGACAUAAUUGGUCUAUACCGUUUGUGUGGCUCAGCAACGAAAAAGCGUCUGCUACGAGAGGCGUUUGAGCGCAAUAGUCGUGCCGUGGAAUUGAGCCCCGAACAUGUUCCUGAUAUUAAUGUUAUUACCGGUGUGCUCAAGGACUACCUAAGAGAGUUGCCGGAACCGCUGUUUACGCGAUGUCUCUUCCAGAUGACUGUCGAUGCUUUAGCUGUUUGCCUGCCAGACGAUCCUGAGGGCAAUGCAAAACUAAUGCUCAGCAUACUAGAUUGCCUACCCAGGGCAAAUAGGGCCACCUUAGUAUUCCUGCUGGAUCACUUGUCGCUCGUUGUAUCCAAUUCUGAGCGGAAUAAGAUGUCAGCUCAAGCUUUGGCCACCGUUAUGGGUCCUCCGUUGAUGCUACACGCCGCUAAUGCUCAGCCGGGUUCGGAAAUUGAUCAUGCCCAACCAAUUGCCGUGCUGAAAUAUCUACUGCAGAUUUGGCCACAGCCGCAAGCGCAGCAUCUCCAGGCACCCACUGGCGGCAUCGGUAGUGCGGCUGGCUUAAUGGGCAGCAUGGUCGGUGUGGGCGGUGGUUUGGCGGGUGCGGGCAGUAUGAGCAACAUGGCGGGCGCUGUUUCAGGUCGGCGCGGCGAGUCAACAGGGCAGCGUGGAAGCAAAGUCAGUGCGUUGCAAGCGGACAGACAACUUCUACUGCAGCAGCAGCAGCAGCUCAUGGCGGCGGGCAAUCUUCUACGCUCGUCCACUUCGGUAACCAACAUACUCUCACAAGGCCAUCAUCCGCUCUCAGCCACAGUCAACAGUCAUCUGUAUCAAUCAGUAGUGGGUCAGUUAGCUCAAUCGCCUCGAGCCUUGCAACAAGCGGUGCAACAGCCCCAUCAAUUGGUGGGCUCAGCGGCCUCAGCAAUUCUCGACCAAUCGCCACUGCCACUUCCAGGCACACCCUCCCCAGGCAGUAGUUCGGCAUCGACCGGCUCCGGUUCGGGAUCCGGUAAAAGUACUGAUACAAUAAAACGCGGUGCAUCGCCCUCCUCCGUCAAGCAUGUGAAAAUCCAAGAAUCCUCCAGCUCGUAUUCCAUAGCACAGAAGAAAUCAACAAAAGACUCACCAAUCGAUGAUAAUUCGCUCUCUGUAGCAGCUAUUCCAACAACAACUACACAAACAGCAACAAGAAGAGGCGUCGAAUUUCUCCAAACGCACAAACCUCAGUUAAAGGGUGAUGAAAGUAGUUACUCGAAAUAUGGCGAGCUGGGGAUGAAAACGCGUACAGCUUUUAGCGAAUCGAGCACUUAUGGUACUGGCAAGGCGGCACUUUCGACUCUAUCAACCGAAGAUUACAAAGCGAUGCGUAACAAAUCGAGUGCUACAUCCUCCUCUUCAUCAUCGCAAGCGACGGUUUUGAGUGCCGCUGGUUCUACUGCCACUUCAGCACCGACAACAUCAUCAGAUGAUUCUGACGAUUUAAUCUCAUAUAAAUCUUCGGCGUCUACGAAUGCGUUGCUAGCACAAUCUCAGGCCAUGACUACAUCUCAGCUUAUGUCCAAGUAUCUGAAGAGGGAGCCGCGUGUUCAAUUUACGCCCAUAAAAUCUCCCGAUUCGCCUUCUCCACCCGAUAGUGAUGGGCUGCCUAAAGGCGUCUACCACCUAACCACAACGAAUGGCAAAACGGGCGCAUCAACAGGUGCCAUUAGUAAACAUUCAGCAGCGAGUACGGGAGAUCCGAAUGCAAGUAGUAACCACAAAGGCGCAUCCCCAUCUAGACAACUAAGUGGCAAAGAACCAAUAGUAUCAGCAUCAACAUCAACGUCAACAUCAUCAUACACAGCACCAUCAACUUCAUCAUUUGUAUCGACUGGCAGGAGACUAUUUGAUAGUUUAGCAUCAUCGGAAGCAGAGGGACGACCUCAAGCGGGCACCGCCAGCACAACAAUAGCAGCAAUGUCUGCAACAUAUAAUGAUAGUAAAAGUGUAGCGAGUAGUCAUAUUAGUAAUAAGAAUCAAAGUUCAGAACACAGAAGUUAUGGUAGUAAUCUGUUCGGAAGUAGUGGGCAUAGUGGCACAAGUCCUUUUGCCACAAACGGUAAUGCCUCCUCCUCAACGACAAAUGGCACCCACAAUGCUAUGCAUCUUUACGGGACACUACCCAAAAACGGUCCAAUCGCUAGUGCAACAGGUAAUGGUUCCUCGAGUGGCGCAGCUGGAAUGUACAGUUCCACCACAUCCGCCUCGUACUAUUCGGGGUCGUCGGGCGGCCACACAGCUAGUAGUAGUGGUGUGAGCUCAAUGACUGGUUCGACCACCAGUUACGAUUAUUACAAUACCAGUUCAUCCUCGUAUACAUCAGCGGCUAGCACGCGAUCCUAUGGUAAUGGCGGCACUAAUGGUGGGGGAAAUUAUCACACUUUGGGUACAUAUAGGGUACAAUAUGCAGCCACUAAUCCUUUUCUAGACGCAUUCGAAGCACCGAGCAAUAGUAAUAGUGCAGGUAAUGGAGCUGCGAGUGUACAUGGUAGUGGCAAUAAUGGCGGCAAUGGUGGGCAUGGCUACAGGAAUAGUGAACAUCAGCAGGGUAAUGGGGGGAGUAGCAGUAGUCAUCAACGAACGUCGCUGCUGGCCGCUUUGCAUGGCAGCGACUCAAAGAAUGGCAGUGAUGAGUUCGAUGAUUUGAAGUAAAAUCACAAACAAAACGAAACAAAAGAGAGAAUGAGUUUUAUUGAGCAUUUCGCAGUGUGUGUGAAUAUUUGUGAGUGAACAAAUUGUGUUAUUUUAUUAUUUCAUUCUUAUUGAAGUAAAUGUUAUUGCAGUUUAAGAAAAAAUUCGUAAUGAAAUUGGAUUGUGAUAGGAGUGAACAUACAUACAUACCUACACAUACCAUAUUUGUACUUAAGUAAGUCGGUGACGCAAAAUUAAUCAGCUAAUUUUGUUUUUGAAUAACUUUUUAUUAAAUAAAAAUAGUAGAAAUAGAGGCAACGCAAGAGCAAACCUCCGAUGACUGGUUGGCGUAGAUCGAGACGCUGAGCUAUUUGGUAAACGUUUUUGGAGAACUCAACCGAGGGAUAAAUCGAACUGGAGAGAAAUGUUAUGGCAUGCCAAGACCCAGACCGGGUUGUUGAACUAACAAUGAUAUGAUGGUGUAUGACGCCAUUCAGGGUGAUUAAUUUUGAGCCAUCUGUGCGUGUUAGUGAAAUUCACAACGAAGUGCAAAUAACCUUGCAUCAUGGCAUUGGCAAAUUACCGUGCCACACAACAACUAAGUGUAUGCACAUAUACAGUGGGUUGAAAAGGUGUUGGCACAGUGAUGUUUUCUUACAACAUUUACACUGUUUUUCGUGCACACUCUGUAUGAAAAUAUGAUUUUUAGUUUAAUAAAAUCAGUAUAAAUCAAAGUUUUCAACUUUGAACAAAAUAAAAAAUAAUCAGAAUUUCGUAUUUAUCACUCAAAUUGUUAUUGGAUGUGCAUUUUUAUGGCCCAAUAAACUUAAGUAGUGCAGCAGAUUCGCUUAUUUGCAUGAGCGACAGACUGCAGACUGCAAAUAGAAGCUAUUACGCACACAUUAAACUGUUUAAAAUCAAACUGUUGGACGUGUAAGGUCUACAGAUCUACAGGACCUUUAUAAGGUCAAUAGCAACGCAUGUGAAACCUGGGUUCAGACUACUAAGAAAACUGUUGUCUGUUGAGCGAAAAAAUUUGAGGCGAAUAGAAUAAAAGACAAAAAUGAUCGAAUACUUUGUAAAUGGACUAGACCUAGGGCGCUUCGUGAAGGCGCAACGUCUACGAUGGCUAAGACACGUACUUCGAAUAGAGGACAAUAGAAUUGCAAAGAAUACUUUUAAAGCUCGCUUUUCGGGCAGCACAAAGCGCGGACCGCCACUAACAAGGUGGGCAGGUGCUGUGGAAGACGACCUGCGUAGCAUGAACGCAGGAAGAAGCCAAUAAACCGGGACGUAUGAAGCGCAAUAACAAAGAGCAUUAGCUCACCCAAGCUGUAAAUGCUAAGAUGAUAAUGGUGCAUUUUAUAACCCAUAUAAUGGAAGUGCCACAAAGUGCAAGCUUGAAAUAUUUAACAGAUUGUUAUUUAAAAAGGAAAAUAAUAAAAAAAAAAAAUCUUUGAAAAUUCCUGUUGGCUUUCAAUAAGAUUUCCGCUAACAUUUUCUGUAUGUUCUUCUCUUCAAACCUUCAAGCGUUAGAGAAAAAUAUGUGCAAGACAGUCGGCAGAAAGAAAAAAAUUGUUUGUAGCUAACGAGAAACUUCAGCACCUUCAAACUUACACUUUGUCACAUUUGAAUUUAACGAGCUUUAAAAGUAAGUACGCAAUGUACUAAAGAAAAAUUGAAAAUUCUGAGUAAAAGCAUCCAAGAUUCGUUGAAAAUUUUAUGAUUUUUUUUUAAUUUGUACUAUAAAGUUAGAAAUGAAUCCCGCUUUUUGUAAGUUGUAAACAAACUAAAUGAAAUUGAUAUGAUUAAGUUUUUUCAUUAUGUUAUGAACUGAAAAUAUUUGCAUAAUUUCCUAGGGGUCGAGUUUGCACACAAAUUUAAAAUGGCUCCGCUGCGGAGCCCUUAAGUGCAAAGGGUUAAAAAUGUGUGGCCGGAACUACAUAUAUUGUCGUAUGAACUAUAUUUAAAAAAAAAAUUAACGAAAAAAUUGACAUGAAAAAUAAUGUAAAUAUUGUAAAAUUCUCGCAGUGCCAAACCAUUUUUUUUUUGACUCACUGUGAAACAAUUUUUUUUUGACGCACUGUGUGAGUGCACAAUUUUACGAGUGCAAUGAUGCCAAGCAGUUUUCAACUAAUUAUAAAUUGCACUGUUAUAUAGAGGCAAAUUUAAUUUUUUUUUUAUAAAAUUAAAAUUUUGUGUUUUCAUCAAAUAAUAAAAA